AUGCGCCAUCAUCUCAUUGAAGGUCUUAAGGAUCAGUACAUGACGAUUGAGAAUCCAUUGGAUCUUUGGAAUGCUUUAAAGCACAGAUAUGAUCACCAAAAGAUGGUGUUGCUUCCAAAGGCAAGGCACGACUGGAUGCAUCUCAGAUUCAUGGACUUUAAGUCCGUGGAUGAGUAUAAUUCAGCCUUGUUCAAAAUCGUCUCAAUACUAAGGCUGUGUGGUGAAGAAGUGCGUGACAAUCAUAACGGUCGAGAUAACUACUCAACCGGCCGAAGAGGAAACCACAAUAACCGUGGUCGUGGUUCCAAUUACGGUCGGGGCCGAGGGAGUUAUGGCCGUGGACGAGGGGGCAUAUCCAAACCAUCUCACACGUCCAAGUCUUUAUGUCACAGAUGCGGGAUGGACAACCAUUGGGCCAAGAACUGCAGAACUCCGAAACACUUGUGCGAACUCUAUCAAGAGAGUCUCAAGAACAAGAACCCGGAGGCAAACAUGAUCCAAGAAAACGGUCAUGACGACAAAGGAUAUGGAUAUGAUGCUGAUGAUGAAUCCGACAGGGACAACAAAGAUGACCAAAUGGAUUUUGAGUCAUCCGACCGUCUAAAGGACUAG